UGUUUUCUCAGAUUCUCUUUCUCUAUCGUCUUUCCUUCCUUCUCGUCGUCGUCGUCGUCCUCUCGUUCCUUCCUCGAGGUUAGGGUUUCUCGAUCUUUGUACGCAGUUCUAGAAUUCUUCACAUUGCAGAUCGAGAAUUACCGCUAUGAGAGCUCUUGUUCCGUGUUGUUUCGAUCUCUUUUCCGGGCAACAAAUUAGGGUUUUUCGUAACGGGAACAGGCGGAUCUUCUGAACGGAAAUGUUCGACAUUCAAGGCAUUUCUUGGAAGGUGGUAUAGACGGAAAUUCAAAGGUGGAAGGCUUCAAGCUUUUUGGAUUAGGUGGACUGCAAUAAGCUUAAGUUAUUGAUAGACAGGCAUCAGCUGUAAGCAUAUUCGGACUUGAUCACUAGUUUGUAAGGCAGGCGAGUUUACUUCAAGGUUGCAUUAGGAUUGCUGGAAGCAGCAAGACAUUGGAGUGUAGUAACCUGUUUGAAGGGACAGUAUCCACCAACUCCAUUGGGUGUCUUGCUGAAAAAGCAUUUUAUGUGAUCAUUGUGAAGUUAUUUGGAGUUUGGUGACAGUAUUUUAGAGAUAUUGCGCAGGUGGGUUGUUUUGUUCUUGUUCCUUUUGCAAAGGAAGCUUGGUCGUUACUGGAGGGCUCUUUCUGCAUCCAUGCUGGCAGAGAGCAUGCGUGGAAUCCGUGCUUCGGGUAAUGCCCCUGACCAGACUAGUCGCCGAUGCAUUCGGUGUUGUGACAAUUUGUCUCGUCUCUCUUUUGACUCUUCUUGGCUUGCUUUGCAUCCUCUAUUCAAUUUAUUUCCGGUCUCGCAUAAGAGGACAAGGCUUUUCUCAGCUUCGUUAUUUUAAUGGACCUUGGAUCAUCCGAAUCACAUUAAUCUUAUUUGCAAUUUGGUGGGGUGUUGGUGAGAUUGUGCGGUUAAGUUUGUUGAGACGUGGGGGAAGAGUAUUUGACUCUUUCAGCUUGAAAUGGCAGGAGACCAUCUGCGAAUUUUAUAUUCUGUCGAAUCUAGGCUUUUCAGAACCAUGCCUAUUCCUCACCCUUGUGCUUCUCCUUCGGGCCUCCUUGCAGAGGCAGUCGGGAACUUUAAGCCAGAAAUGGAACGGAAAUACUGCCCGUGUUGUGCUUCUCUAUUGCCUUCCAGUGUUUGUUCUUCAGCUUGUUGUCAUUUUGGUUGGGCCCAAAUUGAAGAUUAAAAAUGAAGAGAAUUAUGUGAGGAUACCACAUUAUUUUACAACUAUUGCUGCUCCUUCUCCUUCUGAUUCUCAGCAGCCUGACGUUGUUGCUCUCUGUACUUACCCCUUACUGAGUGUAAUUGUCCUCGGUCUAUUUGCAAGUCUCUUAACUGUCUAUUUGUUGUGGCUUGGAAGGCAGAUGGUUUCAUCAGUGAUCAACAAGGGAUUGCGAAGGAGAGUGUACUUGCUGAUCUUCUCUGUCACCUGCUUCUUUCCAUUAAGGGUUAUUUUACUUGGUUUAUCUGUUCGAUCCCAGCCAGAGCAACUUCCAUUUGAAGCUCUUGUAUUUUUAGCUUUUCUUGUGCUUUUAUACUGCGCUGGUGUGGGUAUUUGCAUGCUGGUCUACUUCCCUGUUGCAGAUUCAUUGGCCCUGAGGGCACUGCGAGAUUUGGAAGAUGGAGUAAGGUCCUCAGAUUACCACAAUGAUACUACCUCUCUUAUUGCUAACCAGAGCCCUUUUGAAGUGAGUUCCGCCACAAGUUUAGGGAGAAACUCAGAUGCUUCAACCAAGCGUGGUUCUAUCUCCUUCCGGACUAUGCUAAAGGAUGAAGCAUCACCAGAGGUUUAUGAGGAACUAUGUCUCUUAUCUCCUGCAACCCAUCAACUUGCACUCACACCGGGCUCUCCACCUCCAGGCCGGUCCAUGCUCCCUCUUGAUCAAGUUUCUGAACUGUUUUGGGCUGCUGCUUGUUGAUAGCAGUGAGGGAGAGGGGCCGUGAUGUUAUGACCCACAUGGAUCAUGAUCUCAUUCUCGUUGACGGGUCCCUGGUUGGGAUUUGGCUUUAAAGUCACCCAAGUGGGUCUGUCGGAAUCAGACGUGUUUGUCACAUGUUACCUGUACUUGCAUGAAUCAAGUUGUUCCAAAAAAAAAAAAAUGCUUUGUCAUUCACAGUUGUUCCGUAUGAUGCUUUUCCUCAUUGCUCCCCUCUCCCCCUCCCUCUGUGUAGGUACCAUCACGAUUGUCCAUCCCUGCUCUCUUCAUUCUGGGAAGGGAAAAAAGUGGAAAACAAAGAGAAUACGGAUCAACCAAUUAUUUAUCGACCCUGCCGUCCUGCAUUUUGGUUCCACAGACCAUUAAUGAAUGUUCAGAUCAAAAUAACAUUGUAAGAACCUGUUGGAUGGAGUUGGGGUUGUGCUUGAUUCCCUCUUGUAUCCCAGGGUGUUUUUUAUGUAUUAGGGUCUCCUUGUUAAAUCUCUACUACACGAGUAAAGAGUCGAUUUCGAUCAUGCUAGUUUUGUAAUCAUUUCCCCAGAGUAGGUGUUCUUCAUGUUUUAGUUUGUCAAGAUUCGGAUCAUUGAUGGCAUUGGCUUUAUGUACAUGAAGUUUUCUUUUGGGUUUUGUCUACCCAGUUUAUGCAUUAAUUUUGGAGUGCAA